GUGAUAGCUUCAUUAAGACAAACUUCAUUGACAUCUUUUGCUAAUUAUCCUACAACCUUUGACAAUACACCAUAUCUAAUCACCGAAACGCUUCACUUCAUUCAAAAUGGCCACCGCUAUCCGAUCCAUCAAGUCCCUCGUUCCCCUUCUGGACCGUGUCCUUGUCCAGCGCAUCAAGGCCGAUACUAAGACCGCCAGCGGUAUCUUCUUGCCCGAGUCGAGUGUGAAGGAGCUCAACGAGGCCAAGGUUCUCGCUGUUGGACCCGGUGGCGUCACCAAGGAUGGUUCGCGCCUGCCAAUGGGUGUCGCCGCCGGUGACAGAGUUCUCAUCCCUCAGUUCGGUGGUUCUCCCGUCAAGGUUGGCGAGGAUGAGUACCAACUCUUCCGCGACAGCGAGAUUCUUGCCAAGAUCAACGAGUAAAGAAUAUAUACCCACGAAGAUUAUGACACCAUCACAUGUACCAUAAUAUGUACAAAAAAGGGGGCAACGAAAGGAAAGUGCGGGUCUAGCACGUUUGCAUAGAGCGGUGUAUUCUCAUGGCAUUGAAUGGAAGUGGAAGACAUGUUUAAUGUUCAGUUGGCCAGAAAAGGGGUUACAACAGUGUUUGCCCUUGUGGCUUAGGUACAAAAAGACUUCUCCACUCUCCUUGA